UCUUUGUUCUUGACAUAGUGUAGAGUUAAGAAGAUGCUUGAGAGCAAGGCAGUAAUAGAAGAUACUGACAUGCUGCAAACUAUGCAGCAGGACGCGCUCCACUUGGCUGGGAAGGCCCUUGAUGAGUUUGAUGUCACAGACUCCACUGAGAUAGCUCGCUUCAUCAAGAAGGAGUUUGACAGUUCGCACGGACCAGGGUGGCAAUGCAUUGUAGGAAGAGAUUUUGGCUAAUUUGUGACUCACCAUUGCGGCUGUUUUAUAUACUUCAGCAUAGGAAGCCUUGCAAUCUUGCUAUUCAGAGGUGGAACAGCGCCUGAAGCCAACAUGGGCCGACUGUUACCCAUGGAAACAUUUAAGGCGUGAGAUUAACUUUUUAUCUUACCCUUUUUUAGGAAGGAGGCAGGGACUUGAUAUGUAAAAGAAAAGAAAAUGUAAUGAGAAGAAUUAUAUUGUCGCUCUGAGGUUUUAUACAUAUUUCUGGGUUAAUAGAAGUGUAACUCUCUCGAUUGUAUC